UUCUCCUUUUUCCCCUUCUUCUUCUCCAAACUUUACUGAUAGUCACUGAUAUUAUUUUGUAACAGAGCAACAUAAUUUUAGAGAGAGAAAUUCUAGUGUGCAAUUGAAGAGAGACAAAGAGUAGAAGAUGUCGGAGAACGAGAAUUCACCGGCGAUCGGAAGUUUCUCCGACGGAAUUGAUGAUGUUGAAGAAUUCGUCUUUGCGAAUGAGGGAGAAUCGUCGAUGACGAACGAGAGAUUUCAACAGGUGUUUGAGUUUGUGCAGACUGGAAAUCAAGCGUUUCGCCGAAAAAGAUUUGAGGAGGCAAUCAAUUGUUACUCAAAAGCCAUUCUCGUCAAACCGGGUGAUCCUAUUAUUCUGAGCAAUAGAUGUGCUGCUUAUAUAAGGUUAAGCCAAUUUUUAAAAGGCCGGGCACCGUCUGCUUCUGAAUACAAUCCAUUGUACGGGCUGGAUCCUACAACACAUGCUGAACUUGCGUUGAAGGAUGCUGAAAAAGUCAUGACCUGCAGAAACAAUUCUGUCAAGUCUUAUAUCUUGCAAGCUGAUGCUCUAUUUUUGUUAGAAAGAUAUGAACCUGCACGUGAUGUUGUUAUUGCUGGCCUGCAGCUAGAUCCACUUUGUACCCACCUACAGGCUCUUCUUUUAAUUCUGGAGAGAACAUGUACUGGUUCAGGUCGUGGAAGAAACCGCGAGAAACCAGAACGUAGUGAUGAAUUUGAUUGUACCCUUUGCCUGAAGCUACUAUAUGAGCCAAUUACCACUCCUUGCGGUCAUUCAUUUUGCCGCUCAUGUCUAUUUCAGUCAAUGGACCGAAGUAAUAAAUGCCCCCUUUGUCGAACUGUUCUAUUUAUCAGUCCAAGGACAUGUGCAAUCAGUGUAACUUUGAACAACAUUAUACAGAAAAACUUUCCAGAGGAAUAUGCUGAAAGGAAAUCAGAGAAUGACAAUUUGGUAAAGCUUGGUGUUGAUUUGAUGCCACUUUUUGUGAUGGAUGUUGUUCUCCCUUGUGAAAAGUUGCCACUCAACAUAUUUGAACCUCGCUACAGGCUAAUGGUUAGGAGAAUAAUGGAAGGAAAUCAUCGGAUGGGCAUGGUUACACUCGAUUCCACAACAGGUCAAAUAGCUGACUUUGCUUGUGAGGUGGAGAUAACAGAAUGUGAGCCACUUCCGGAUGGGCGCUUCUAUAUAGAGGUUGAAGGACGCCGAAGAUUUCGCAUACUUCGAUCCUGGGAUCAAGAUGGGUACCGUGUUGCAGAAGUAGAAUGGAUACAAGAUGUCAAUCCAGCAGAAGGAACAAGAGAGAGAACAGAUCUGCAGGAACUGGCGAGUAACGCUGCAGAAUAUGCUCAAAUGUGGAUAACGAGGGCAAAAGAAGCAGCAAGACAAGAUCGAAGACGGCUUGCCGAAAUCCUUAAUGUUGAAGCAAUGAUGCCCACAAAGGAAGAUCCUGAGCGCUUCAGCUUUUGGUUAACCACGUUAUCAAGGAGAAGGCCAUCGGAGAGACUAGAUCUUCUGCGGUUGAAAGACACAAAGGAGAGAUUAGGUCGUGGGUUGAUUUACCUUAGACAAGAAGAGCAAGGUUGUCGACUGCAAUAGCAAUUGUUGUAACUGAGAACUGUAAUUAAUUCAUUGUGAAAGAAUUCAAUAUCAUUUACAGGUUGCUCAAGUGUCCAACAUUUUUUAUCCACAGAUUGUUGCGGAUCCUCAAAACAGAACUUCGUUGUAAUAUAGUAUAACAAGCAACAUUUUAUGAGUCCCUCUUGGACAUUGAAGAGUAUGUUUUCCUUCCUCUAAUGUUACCUUUCUUAUAGUUAUGUAGUUGUGUUUCCUUGUAAUU